GUGGACUGCAUCCGUUCCCACGACUUUAUCAGGAUCCGUCUGUGUGCGCGGAUCGCGCGACCGUGUCGCGAUGGAACGUACAGGAUACCCACCGACAAAAGGGUACACGUAUAAUUGAAAUGCGCGGCUAGAUCAAGUGGUAAAUGAAUUGACGAAAUCCGUUUAACAGUAUGUACGUCCCCACGGAAUUGGAAUAAGCUCAUAAAGCGUCGAGUGCCCGGCGACAUGCGUUGCAUUAUCGGACCGACACCCGCCGUUUCGAGACUUUCCCGAUUAUUUUGAUUCUUUUGUGUCACGUUUCGAGAAUUGAACGAGCCCCUUAGUUGACGAGUGAUAUCAAAUUCUUUUCUUUUAGAUCGAGGAAAGUGAAUUUUCCCGUAUAAAAAAAAAAAUAUUUACAAACUUCGCGCACACGUAAGAAUUAAACUGGAAAUGUUUUACUAUUCCAGAGGCAUACUUAUCUACAUAUUUAGCAUAGAAUGUCAGCAAAAAAUUUCUAUAUGUGCACCCUACAAAAUAAUUCUAAUAUUUAUGCCAGGAAGUCACAGCUAACGCGACGCAUACAGAAACCGAAAUUUUUCGGAGGAAAUAUGCCGAUAUCGAUAGAAAUCAUCUUCUCGGUCCGACAGAAGUCAACCUCGUUCAAUGUCCUCUCUCCUUUUCGCACGGCUAUAUCAGAAAGAAUACGAAAUGGAAUAGGUUAUCGACCGUUAACAUUGGCAUGCGACCAGUUCAUCGACAAAGCGGGCAUAACGUGACUUGUUUCCGCUAUUUUUCGGUUUCUCGUGGCAGCAGAAAAGUUACCGGGGUCCAACGGAAUACCUAGCACGCUAGCCGAAAGAUAAAUUUACGAUAUCGUCGGGGAGCUGUUGCAUUCAUUUUGGAAUGGAAACCCAUGGUCGAACGGUGUCUACAGGACGUUGCGGGAGACCAAAUAAUUGCUUGAGUAAACUGAACGCGUGCGAUCGCUUUGCCGACGUUGAUACAAAAUUUUUGUUUCGCAGCUACAAUGGCUUUUGAUAAAAUCACAGAUUUCGUAGCUGUUAUCUCAGCGAGUAUAACGAAUUAUUGAAAAAAUGUUCAGUAGCUCGAGAGCGAAGUCGGAACGAAAUACUCGGUGCAAGGAUCAAGAGAAAAUGUUUUUCUUGUUGCUCAGUUUUUGUGCGCUACGGUGGUGCGUAGUGCAGGCUCACCUCGACUUGAUGCUCGAAGAUGCCGAGUGUGUAUAUGCUAGCGCCGAGUACGUAAAAGAAGAUUCAUGUACUUUGGAAGUGAACGACGAUAGCGAAUACGGGUCUACUUUGUCCUCGCACAUAGAGGUCAUUAAACAAUUGCCUGACGGUAUUAAAGCACGAGGAAAUAUAAACGGACUUUACAUGGGCGAAUACACGAACGACGUUGGGAUCCAUAUAGACACGAACCUUUGCGAAAUGAUAAGUUUGGGCAACGACAACAUAGCAACUCCCAUGAUAAGAGCGAUAGAUCUGAGCAGCAAAGAUUGUCCCCCCGGACCGGGUGUCUACGGAAAAGAGAAAUACGUUAUCGAUAAUUUCGAAGGUAUACCAAAAACGUUCCCCUCCGGCAAGUAUUUAGUAAACGUUACCUUGGCGAAAGACGAAGAUCUGUUACUACAUUACCAGGCUUUUAUAACAAUUGUUUGAUUAACGUUGUGAUUAAUUAUCGUAUUCAUUAAUAGAAUGUGUCUAUACGUAAAUACUAGAAAAAUAAAUAUAAAUCUGCAAGUAUAAAGCACGGUUCGUCGCGUUAUAUCUAAUCCUCCACGUAAUCGUUACCGUAAUAUUUACGAGUUAAUUAUUUAACUUAACGAAAAUGUAAUUCAUCCAUAGGUCUAAUUUUGCUUCGCACUCUACAUAAAUAAAUACAGAGAAUAAAGUAUA